AUGGCCGUGCAGGCGCAACACCUCUCCCACGCCUUCCCCCACGACCUCCACGCCUACAACAGCGUCGGUGCUCUGGAGGACGAGAUGACGGGCGGCUCCCUCUUCUUUCCCGAGAACCUCAAGCGCGGGCCGGAACUGGAGGGUGCUGGGAACACGGUGUUCGGCGACGUUCCGCGCGUCGAUCCCACUUGGCACGACAACACCACCCGCAGCCACGGUUUUGCGCAGAGGAAGCGGGCGCGCGUCGUCCCGGAGGCGCCUUCGUACUUGGAGAAUCAGCGCGGGCAGGGGCUUGUGCCCGUCGGUGAUGUGCUGACCAGGGCGGUGGGCUCCGGCACGGCGUCCACCAGUGGGAGAAUGAUCAAUGCCGCCGGCCCGCCGCAGGACCUGCUCUCGCAGCUGUACCGUCAGGGCAUGGAGAUCGAUGCAGUCCUACGACUCGAGACCGACCGCAUGCGCGCCGGGCUGGAGGAGGCGCGGCAGCAGCACGUCAGGGCGCUGGUAUCGGCGGCGGAGCGUGCUGCGGCGAGGCGGCUGCGUGCCGCGGAGGCCGCGCUGGAGCUGGCGCGCUGCCGCAACGCCAAGCUGUCAGAGAGGCUCACCCAGAUUUGCGCCGAGGGCCAGGCGUGGAUACGCGUCGCCAAGAGCCACGAGGCAGUCGCUGCGGGCCUCCAAGCUACACUCGACCAGCUCCUGCAGUCCCCUUGCGCUGCCGUCGCCGCCACCGGAGCGGAUGGAGACGGCGACGCCGAGGACGCGCGGUCCUGCUGUUUCGAGACCCCCGCCGGCGACGACGCUGCGGCAUCCAAGGCGUCGGCGGCGGCGUGCAGGGCUUGCGGCGAGGGCGAGUCGUGCGUGUUGCUGCUGCCGUGCAGGCACCUGUGCCUCUGCAGCGCGUGCGACGCCGCCGUGGACACCUGCCCGCUGUGCGCGACCACCAAGAACGCGUCGCUCCAUGUCCUGCUCUCGUGA